AGUGAUAACUAAUAAACAUAAUUAUUAUUUUCAUAAUCAUAUUCUACAAUAUAAAAUACUAAUAUGAAGCUAUUGAGAAAAUACAAAGAAAGAAAUGAGCAUAAUUGACGCGUUUUGUGCCUUUAAUGCCGCGUUUAACGGAAAGCAAAGUGUGAUUAAAAGCAGGGGAUCCGACUCUUCACCGCCUGAACCACUACCAUGCUCCACCCGUGGGCGCAGUUCCUAGACCUGUCCGCCCUUAGGCCUCCCGCCUCCCUCUCCGAAUCGACCUACCGCGUCACCCAAAACCUCUGUUAUUUCCUCCGAAACUACGUCGUUUUGACCAUAAUCAUCUUCCUCCUAACCCUCCUCCCCCGCCCCCACUCCCUACUCUUCUUCCUCUGCCUCUCCGCCGCCUGGAUAUACUUCGUCCUCUCCCGCGACUAUCCCCUCACCGAUCAUAGAUUCGCCAUCGGAUUUCUCGCCGUCGUCACUUGGGGCGCGCUGUCCUGGAAUCACUUCUGGAUGAAAUUGUACCUUUCCACGAUGAUCGGAGCCGUCCUCGCGCUCGUGCACGCCGUUUCGAGGCUGCCGGGAGAUUAUUCCAUCGGUAACCCUAGAGGGGGAUACAGAUACGCUACCUUUUGAGAGGUGAAUCGUAGUAUUUCAGUAUUUCAAUUGGAGUGUUUGCUGUUUGAUUAAUGUAAGCUGCGUUUAUUUAAAUCGUUUUCAGCGAUUAAAUUUCAACAA